UCCCAUUCCCUCCGUGUGCGUCUUUGCCUCUGGUUUCAGUCCGCGUUUGAACCUUCCCUGUCCAUCCAGCCUGGCUGUUGUUCAGCAGCUGAUUGAUUGCAGGGGCAGCGAGCGUUAGGACCGCGCGGCAUAGUGAAGUUUGGGGGAGUUUGUCUGUCUGUCUGUCUGUGUGUCUGUCCCCUCUGCCCCGGGACACUGUGUGUCUGUCUGUCUGUCUGUCUGUUUGUCCCCUCAUGGCUCUGGCUCUCUGGCCGCUGGCCCUCCUCUGCUCUCUCCCGCCGCUGGCCGCUGAGCCCGCCGCCUCCACCCUCGCCUUCGUCUUCGAUGUGACCGGCUCCAUGUACGAUGACCUGCGGCAGGUGACCCAGGGAGCUGCCGCCAUCCUCCGCAGCACCUUGGCCAGGACUGCCACCCCUGGGGGCAACUUCGUCCUGGUUCCCUUCCACGACCCAGAGAUUGGCCCGGUUACCAUCACCUCAGAUCCAAAGAUAUUCCAGAAGGAGCUCCAAGAUCUAUACGUGCAGGGUGGGGGCGACUGCCCUGAGAUGAGUCUCAGCGCCAUAAAGAGAGCACUGGAGGUGUCGCUCCCCAGUUCCUUCAUCUACGUCUUCACUGAUGCCAGAGCAAAGGAUUACCAGCUGACCAAAGAUGUGCUGCAACUCAUUCAGCAGAAGCAGUCGCAGGUGGUCUUUGUGCUGACUGGAGACUGCGGAGACAGGGGCCACCCGGGAUAUCGGGCCUAUGAAGAGGUGGCCUCAACCAGUUCAGGUCAGAUAUUCCACCUGGACAAGCAACAAGUCAACGAGGUCUUGAAAUGGGUCGAAGAAACCAUCCAAGCCUCCAAAGUUCACCUUGUGUCCACAAACCACCAGGAAAGGGAAGAGCAUGUCUGGCUGGUGCCCUUUGAUCCAAGCCUGAAAGACGUCACCAUCUCCCUCAGCGGACCUGCUCCAGCCAUUGAGGUCCGGGACCCCUCGGGCCGGGUGUUGUGGAGAGGAUUGGGUUUGAACGAACUGUUGAAUAUUCCAAACUCGGCUCGAGUUGUCAACGUCAAGAGCCCACGGCCUGGAAUGUGGACAAUCAAGCUCCGCAGUGCCGGGCGCCAUUCCGUACGGAUCACAGGAGUCAGCAACAUUGAUUUCCAGGUGGGAUUUUCUACGAAACCCACCUCAGACUUCAGCAAAACAAUGGAGCGUCCAAUUCAAGGCAUCACCACCCACAUACUGCUCAACUGCUCUGGGCUGCAGCCUCCAGGACAGCUGGAAGGGUUGGAGUUCCUCAGCACGACGGGGCAGCCUCUGCAGAGCUUGCCCAUCACGGCCCAUUCCGGCCGCACCACCACCAACAUCUGGGAGGUUCCCCAGAUCCUGCCACCCUCUGAGAGCUUCUUCCUGAAAGUGACGGGCCACGACGAGGAAGGCUACCCUUUCCAACGCCUGUCCAGUGUAUCCUACACAAGCCUGGUCCCUGGGCCUCCGAAGGUGAGCGUGCCAGCUCAAGCACACGCCUUCUACCAGCAAUCCGCCUCGAUUCCUUGCUCCGUGGAGAGUCUGAUCCCGUUCACCCUGCGCCUCAUCCGAGGGGGAACCAAGGUUCAACCGGACCGGUUGUUCGAAGAUACUGUGAAUACCACGUGGGAAAUCCCUGGUGUUUCCGGAUCUGAUGAAGGGUUUUAUGACUGUGUGGCGAUCAGUAGCUCAGGCACGGGCAUAGGCCGCCUCUACUUGGUUGUAACAGAACCACCUCCCAGUGUGGAGAUCCCACGAAACAUCACGGCAUUCCCAGGGGACCAGGUGGUGCUGACAUGUCGCGUGCUGGGAAGCAUCCGCUAUAACGUCACCUGGAUGCGUGAUGGGAUCGAGCUGCAGUCCGACAACGAGAGAAUUAUUCCUCUGAAGAACUCAUCCCUGGAAUUUCGGGAGGUGUGGCCGGAGGAUGCAGGCCGCUAUGAAUGUGUGGUGAUCAAUACGCAUGGCUGGAGCAGAGCGUCUAUCUGGCUGUUCAUUCCCGAGGCUCCACGCGUCUCUGUGAAUCCGAGAGCACAGAGCUUCACAAGAGGAGCAGAGGCCCGCAUCAACUGCGUGGUAGAAGCCACUUAUCCCGAGCCAGGAAUGGCCUGGAUCCGAGAUGGUGUCUUUGUAACCAGCACUGACAGACUCUCCAUCAGUGAACAUGGUACUUUGAUACUGAGAGACGCUGUCCCUGAAGAUGCUGGGAGAUAUAUCUGCCUUGCAUCAAAUAUGGUUGGAACAGCCCAGGAGGAAGCAACCCUGAUGUACACAGAGAUGCCCAGGAUUGCUGUGCCGUAUCCGGUGGUGCUCGCGGUGGUCACUGAGGUGGCACUGCUGGAAUGUCAAGCCACCGGCAUCCCUCAGCCCGAGGUCACGUGGUACAAAGGUGAUUUGGAGAUGACACUGGUCCCAUUUGCAGAAAUCCAUCCCUUUCAAGGCACAAUGAUGAUAAUGGAUGUGCAGGAGUUCGAUGCAGGAGAAUACACCUGUGUCGCAACGAAUGAAGCAGGCAGCUCUGCUGCGGAGGUCAUGCUAGAUGUCGGCUCUGUCCCUAUGUUCUCCGAGGCUCCCUCUGACGUCUCUGUGGCCAUUGGGAAAAACGUGACAUUGCCGUGCAGUGCAGACGGAUUCCCCACCCCACAGAUCACUUGGCAACGACUGGAUGGGCAGCCUAUCUUCUCCAGAUUGGAUUCUAUGAGCCUAGUUAGUCAACUGGAGACUGGCAGCUUGUUUAUUGAGAAUGUGUGGUUGGAUGAUGAAGCCAGGUAUGUCUGUGAGGCGCAGAACCAGUUUGGAGCGAUCCGUGUGGAGGUGGCACUGACCGUCACUGGUCUUGUUGCCCCUGAAGUGGUGGAAAGUGCCCCAGCUGUCAGCGUGCUGGAGGGCCGAUCGCUAACGCUGCCCUGUGUGAUCCUGGCUGGCAAUCCCUACCCCGAGCGCUACUGGUUGAAAGACAACAAAAUGUUGAGCUUGGACAGGCGCCUGUCGAUCCGGAGUGACGGCAGCUUCCACAUCGAGAGGGCAGAGCGAGGAGAUGCAGGGAGAUACGUCUGCACCAUCACAAAUUUGAUGGGAUCUGUUAAUAAAACCAUCACCGUGAAUGUACAUGUACAUCCGUCAAUUAAUGCUGGUCACGUUAUCCUUACAACAGAAGAGGAGGUGCCUGUAACUCUGCAUUGUGAAUCCACUGGGGCUCCAAAGCCAACCGUCGUCUGGUCCAAGGACGGAGUGCGCCUGCACCCAGGCGAGUCGCAGUAUAACACGGACGCAAAUGGGAGCCUCGUGAUUGCUGCCCCAUCAUCAGAAGAUGCAGGAGUCUACGUCUGCACGGCUUCCAACGUGGUGGGGUUUGCCAGCCGGGAACUCCAGCUGUUUGUCCAUACAAAACCAAAGAUUGGUGAGAUGAAUCCAGAGGACUUGGGUGGGCUGAUUGAAAUCAGUGGCACUGCUGGGACAGAGGUAACGUUACCAUGCGAGGUUCAGGCCUCUCCUCCUCCCAUCGUCAGGUGGAAGAAAGACUCUCGACUGCUGCCAGUCUCAUCGGCCAGGUACACGUUCUUGCCAUCGGGGUCACUCAGGAUCUUGGAUUCCAGGGUAUCUGACAGCGGGCUAUACAGGUGCUCUGCCAUCAACAGAGUAGGAAAUGCCUCGUUGACUUUGCAGCUCAUUAUACAUGUUCCUCCCAAGAUCCAACCUUCACAUCAUCUUCUGAAAGCAAUAGUGGGGCAGUUUGUUGACCUUCCGUGUCUGGCACAUGGUGACCCAAUGCCGGAAAUCAGGUGGUACCGGGGUGAUGAAGCCCUGCUGCAGGGUGCCAGGGAUGCCCUUGAUGGGCCCGAUGGUUCCGUCAGCAUUGAGGACGUCGAGCUCUCUGAUACCGGCGUAUAUCGUUGUGUUGCAACCAAUAAUGUUGGCCAGGAUGUGAGUGAGAUGACACUGAUGGUGUUGGAGCCACCGUUUUUUGCUGAAGAUGAUGCCCCGUUCGAUGCCGAACAGGAACGACUGGCCAAGGAGAGAGUUAUCCUUCCCUGCCCAGCUGAAGGAACCCCUCCGCCAGUUAUACAUUGGCUACAGAAUGGAUUGGAACUGCUGGGCAAUGAACCAGGGGUCUCGAUUCUGGAGGAUGGCUCUCUUCUGCUCGAGUCACUUUUGCCCUAUAACAGCGGAGAUUACUUAUGCAUUGCAACAAAUGAGGCCGGCUCUUCCAAAAGAAAGUUUCGAUUACAAGUCAGAGUUCCCCCUGAAAUUCAGAAUAACUACCAGAUACAGAAUGUCACUGCGUUAAUUAAUCAACCGUUGACCCUGGAGUGUGAUGCCACUGGUACCCCACCUCCCGCCAUCAGUUGGUACAAGAACAGGCAGCCGGUCGCCGGGAUGAGCAGAUUGCGGCUUCUGAACGGAGGCCGUCUGCUGCGCCUUCCCAAAGUGCGCAAGGAGGACUCUGGAACGUAUGUCUGCAAAGCCCUGAACGUUGCUGGCAACACCGAUAAACAUGUCCACCUACUGGUGCAGGUGCCUCCCAUGAUCUUCAGAUCUGGAAUCACUCAGGAAGUGGCUGUUUUGGUGAACUCGGAAUUGGAGCUGAAGUGCCGCACCAACGGAAUCCCAUUCCCGAUCAUUCGAUGGAGCAAGGAUGGCGUGGGCCUGUCUCUGGGCAGUAAUCGCGUGGAGUUUGUAGAAGAGGGACAAGUACUGCGGAUUCAGUCAGCUCGCCUCCUGGACCAGGGUCUCUAUCAGUGUACUGCCCAUAACCCAGCUGGGCAUCAGAGCAAACACUUCAAUGUUGAUGUCCAUGUUCCUCCCACGAUCCGAGGAGCAAACGAUACCAGGGAGGUGAAUGUCAUGCUGCACAGUCACGUCAGCCUGGAGUGCGAUUCUCAUGGUGUUCCUGACCCUGGGAUAACAUGGCUGAAGGAUAAUCGGCCCAUUGUAUCCAGCUCCAAGAUGAUGUACGUGGAGGGAGGUCGGCUCCUGCAGCUUCACGGAGCCCAGGCGCCUGACGCAGGAUGGUACACCUGCCGAGCCAGAAACAUCGCAGGCACUGUCAAGAAGUCAUACAAAGUGCAGGUUUACGUUCCACCCAGCAUCGACGAGAGCUCAGGCCAUCCUUCGAAGACCAAAGCAAUAGUUGGUCAUUCCUUGACCCUAAAGUGUUCGUCGAGCGGCUACCCACCUCCGGAGCUGUCGUGGCUCAAGGAUGGUGCCCGACUGAUGGGCAGUGAGAGGGUACAGAUCCUGGCCAAGGGAAAGACUCUGAAGAUUAAGAACGCUGGAGUGGGUGAUGCUGGCACAUACGUAUGCAUUGCUCACAGUGUCGCAGGAGAACACCAGCUGCACUACACUGUCGACAUCUUGGUCCCUCCUCAGCUGCUGAGUGGGGAUUCUUCCCCCGUGACUGUGACCAUUGAUAACCCACUGGAGCUGACGUGCCUCGCUUCUGGUCACCCAGCACCGAGAAUAACGUGGCUGCGGGAAGAUGCUCCACUCACUGGGCACGAUGGCCCUUGGGUGCUGGCUGACCAGAGCAGGCUCUUCAUUGACCGUAUAAAGUUGACGGAUGUCGGUCAGUACGUCUGCCUAGCCAGCAACGAGGCAGGUGAAGUGAGAAGAGAAUUUGACAUCACAGUCCAUGUUCCUCCGGAGGUGAAGAUUGUGGGGACUGAGAGUCGGACUGUGGUCACGGGUCAGUCUGUUACAUUGGAGUGCUCGGUUACUGGAAUCCCAACGCCCUUGAUCACCUGGCUGAAGGGCGGACAGAUGCUCCCCAGGACAAAUGGGAUCCUUAUGAUUGGCCGGGUGACUCAAAAUGAUGGCGGCAUUUAUUCUUGUGUAGGCAACAAUGAGGCAGGGGAAUCUGAGCAAGAUGUCCGUCUAAUCGUAUUUGACCUUCCUGUUAUCGAUGCGUCUGCUGAUACAAAUAAAAGUGUCAUUGUGAAUCACUCGGUGACCUUUAACUGCAUUGCCACAGGAGCCCCGACACCUGUGUUGACUUGGCUCAAGGGAAACCAGUUGAUCACAAGUACGGCAGGUGUCAGUGUGCUGGAGGACGGAGGUAUUCUACAAAUACACAAUGUCCAGGUGUCUGAUAGAGGCCUCUAUCGCUGCGUGGCAUCCAGUGUGGGUGGCAGCACAGAACUACUAUAUACUUUACACGUCUAUGUCCCACCGGUGAUCUCAGCAGUUUUGGACAAGGUCUCGGUCCUUCUGAACGAACACGUGGACCUCCAAUGUGAGGCUGCAGGGGUCCCUGAGCCCACAGUGACGUGGUUGAAAGAUGAAACUCUUGUUAUUAUGAUGAGUGAAAGGCUGAAGUUUUUCUCGAACGGCCAGAUUCUGUCCUUGGCCAGCGCCCAUCACUCCGAUUCGGGAACAUACACUUGCAUUGCUGCAAAUUCCGCUGGAGAGGACCAAGCCGAGAUCCACCUGCAAGUUUAUCUUCCACCCACCAUCCUGGGGCAGGAGCAGAAUGUGUCCAUCACUCUGAAUGGUUCUGUGAGCUUGGAGUGCCAGAGUCAAGCGGUCCCUCCACCCACCCUCACCUGGACAAAGGAUGGACAACCUCUGGCCAGGCACGCUGGCCUGGUGUUCAGCCAAAACGACAGUCUCAUCCAGAUCAAGAGUGCUCGAGUCCAAGAUGCUGGACGCUACACCUGCAAGGCUUCAAACGAUGCUGGGAAGACAGAGAAGAGCCAUUACCUGAACGUGUGGGUGCCCCCAUCGUUUCACCGACCAAUGGACCAGACAUCUGUGACGGUGAUCGAGGGAAACUCCUUGAGCUUAUUUUGUGAAUGCAGUGGGAUUCCAUCUCCCCGCCUUCAGUGGUGGAAGAAUGGGCUGCUCCUCACUUCAGAGGACAAUGGGCAGAUUAUUGUCCAUUCAGGAAGGCAAAUGCUGCGAAUAUUAGGCACUCGGAUAUCGGACAGUGGAAACUACACGUGUGUGGGGACCAACGUGGCUGGGACAAGCUCUCAGGACUACAGCGUGGAGGUGUAUGCCACACCAACCAUCAAGAAUGGCGAUGGGCAGCAGACAGAGGUCUCUGUUAUCAAAGGAGCGGCGGCCACGUUGAAAUGUGAUGCACACGGCGUUCCUCAGCCGACACUGACGUGGGUGAAAGACAGCCGGCCACUGGUGACCACGCAGGAUAUCUGGGUGGAGAACGAGGGGCAGCUCCUGCACGUACAGAGCGCUCAGGAGCAGCAUGCGGGCCGCUACACCUGCCUGGCCGUCAAUGCAGCGGGACGGGCACAGCGGACAUUUGCUCUGAGUGUUCUUGUCCCUCCAGCUAUCCUUGGGGAGAUGGGAUCGGCAGAGAACACCAGCACCCUCCUCAGCAAUCCCCUCACUCUGCUCUGCGAGGCCUCAGGGACCCCACCGCCAACCUUCACCUGGUUCAGAAACGGAUCACCCAUUGUCUCCAGCAGUAACAUGCAGGUGCUCUCAGGUGGCCGGACCCUCAGACUGAGCCGGGUACUUGUGGGGGAUACUGGACGUUACGUCUGUGUGGUCAACAACACUGCGGGGGAAGCCAGGAAGGAUUUUCACCUUGAUGUAUUGAGUCCCCCUCACAUUUUAGGUGAAGACCUUGUGGGAAAGAUUCAUGUCAGAGAAGGGGAGACCCUGAACCUGACCUGCUUGGCCACAGGCAAUCCUCAACCAGGCGUCACUUGGUGGAAGGAUGGGCGAGUGGUGAAUGGCAGCGCAGGUUACGCCGUUUCAUCGGAUGGAUCCACGCUGGAGAUCCUCCACACCGGCCUGUCACACACGGGACAGUAUACCUGCCUGGCAACCAACACUGUGGGCCACACGUCCAAAAACUACCAUCUCAGUGUAUUCAUUGCUCCCAGAAUUGCCAGCGCCGCUGAGGAUGGCACUCCGGAGGAUGUUGUUGUUAUUGUGAACAAUCCCACCUCGCUGGUGUGCGAGGCGGUGGCCUAUCCAAGCCCGACCAUCACCUGGUUCAAGGAUGGCGUUGCCUUCACGGCUUCGAGGAACAUGCAUCUGUUACCAGGAGGUCGGGGACUGCAGAUUCUGAGUGUUCAGGAGGAGAAUGCCGGCCAUUACAGCUGUGUGGUGACCAAUGAAGCUGGUGAGGCAGUGAAGGAUUACGAGCUAAAAGUCUUCAUUCCUCCGCAGAUCGUGAAGGAUGGUGGGACAGUGGGAAAUUUCCGUGUGACUCAAGUCAAGACCAAGGUGAACACCUCACUGACCCUGACUUGUGAAUCGUGGGCAGUGCCAGCUCCUGUUCUCCGCUGGUACAAGGACGGGCAGUUGUUGGCAGGGACUGAACAUCUCCAGAUUCUCGACAAUGGACGCAUUCUCCAAAUCAAACACACAAAGGUGUCGGACACAGGGCGUUACACGUGUGUGGCCACAAACAUUGCAGGGGAGGAUGAGAAGGACUUUCACGUCAACAUUCAAGUGCCUCCCAUCUUCCAGAAAGCCCAUGGAGUGAACGCUGCCUGGGAGGUGAUAUUUCGGGAGGAUGAAGUCGAGGAUAUAGUGGAACGGCGGGAAGUGAUCGUGAAUAAUCCAGUGUCACUCUACUGCGAGACUAAUGCCAUUCCACCACCCAAGCUCUCCUGGUCCAAGGAUGGCCAUGCUCUCUCAGCCACGGAUGACAUCCUGAUUCUUCCAGGAAGCCACAUCCUGCAGAUCCCCCGGGUGCGUGCGGAUGAUGCUGGGAGAUACACGUGCCAAGCUGUCAAUGAGGUUGGCGAGGACAAGCUCCACUAUGAGCUGGUUGUCCUGGUCCCUCCCACCAUUCCUGCAGGAGGCGAGGGGUUUGGAGAGGAGAUUACACUGACUGUCAACGCAACAAUCCAACUGCGUUGUAUGGCAGUUGGGAGCCCGGAACCUUCCAUUACCUGGCUGAGAGACGGGCAGCCCAUCACUACAGAUCGGAGGCAUCAACGUCUCGACGGUGGCAAAAUCCUCCAGAUUCACUCGGUGCAGUUAUCUGACACAGGUGACCAUAUUUGCAUUGCAGAAAACCCAACGGGAUCUACAGAGAGACGUUUCAGUCUCCGCAUUCAAGUGCCUCCAGCAGUUCUCGGCCCCAAUCCUGAGAGUGUGAAGGUUGUGGUGAACAAUCCCGUUCGGUUGACAUGUGAAUCCCGGGCAGUUCCUGCAGCAGACGUGACGUGGCAUAGAAACGGAGUUCUACUGCAGUUCAGCGCUGACAUCCUCUUUCUCCCAGGUGACCAUGUCCUUCAGAUUCCCAGAGCAAGGACGGAGCACAGCGGCAAAUACACCUGUGUUGCUACCAACGCAGCCGGCAGUGAUGAGAAGCACAUCCACCUCCACGUGAACACCCCGCCCACCAUCAAACAAGAUGGCGAUCGAUACUCGGACACCAUCACAGUGCGUGUUGGGGAAAACGUCGCUCUCAGAUGUGAGUCCGAUGCUACCAUUCCAGUUCCUACCAUCGUGUGGUACCUGAAUGACCACCAGCUGCCCUUUGGAGAUGUCUCUCGCAUCCGCCCCGAGGGCCAGACACUCCACAUUGAGGAUGUUCAGGUCACGGAUUCUGGGCAAUACACAUGUAAAGUCACAAACUUGGCAGGACAUGUGAAAAGGACCUUCAGGUUGAAUGUUCACGCCCCGCCAACGUUUGAAGAGCCUCAGCAUGAAGUGGUCGUUCAGGUCGCUGGCAGUGCCCUGGUCCUCUCCUGCCACGCCACGGGGGUCCCGCCACCUACCAUCACCUGGCAGAAAGAUGGGCAAUCAAUAGAGAGCAGCAACAGACUGGACUGGCACAUCCUGCCCAGCGGCACCAGCCUGCAGACGGACCAACUACAGCCUGCCCAGGGUGGGAACUACACCUGCCUGGCGAGGAAUGGCGAGGGUGAGACCCGCCGACAUUACACCCUCAUCGUCCAAGUGUCACCGAGUAUCCUCGGCUCGGAUGUGCCCAGUGAGUAUGAUGCCCUGGUGAAUGAAGAUGUGAAUUUGGAAUGUGUGGCUUUGGGGGAACCAAAACCUGCCCUAAGAUGGUUGAAGGACAGUAAACCAUUGGAAACACUUGGACAAAUACACAUUGAGCUGUCCUCAGAUGGAAGUUCCUUGCAUAUAAGGGGAGCCUUGACCUCAGAUGCAGGAAGAUACACUUGUGUGGCGCAGAAUCCUGCUGGCGAGGAAGCAAAAUUGUUUAUACUCAACGUGAUGGUGCCCCCGAACAUCAGCGGCAUCCCCGGCCUUCCCGAGAUGGUCGCGGCCGUGCCCAAUGCGGUGGUGACGCUGGAAUGUCGAGCCGCUGGCGUCCCUCCCCCGCGGCUCAGCUGGCUGAAGGAUGGCCUUCCCCUGCCAAUCUCCUCCCGCAUCAGGCUGCAGUCUUCUGCACGGAUCCUGAGGAUCGCGGAGGUGCAGGUCUCUGACGCGGGAAGCUACACGUGUGUGGCGGGGAGUCAGGCAGGUGUGGCAGAGCGACAUUACCACCUGCGCAUUCAAGUCCCACCAAGAAUUGAAAACUCCAGAGAUAGGGAGGAGGUUCUGGUCAUCCAAGGAACCUCUGUCACUCUCACCUGCGAGGCCAGUGGCUUCCCACCCCCUCUGUUCUCGUGGUUGAAGGAUGGCGAGCUGCUGGUCCUCAAUGAGCUGGUGACGGAGAGCCACGGGAUGAGGCUGGAGCUGCCGGCAGUCAGCCUGGAUGACUCGGGCUGGUACUCCUGCAUUGCCACCAAUGAGGUCGGCAAGGCUACCAGACACUUCAGCCUGGUGGUCAUGGAGCCACCUCACAUUUCUCGGUCAGAGACGACGCAGGAAGUAUCCGUGGUUGUGAACAGUCCCCUGGAGCUGACGUGCAUGGCAGUUGGAAUCCCAGUUCCCGGAAUAAGAUGGCUGAGGGAUGGGGCCCCUCUCAGUGGAAUCGGCUUGGUGCUGAGCGAUGGAAAGAUCCUCCGGAUAGAUCGCGUGCAGGUAGAAGAUGCAGGGCUUUACACAUGUCUGGCUACAAGUCCUGCUGGGGAAGAUCAGCAGCAUCACCUGGUGAAGAUACAUGUUCCACCGAAUGUCAGGGGAUCCAGCGAUCCCCGGCUGGUCACUCUGAUGGCCGAGGAGCAGCUAACACUGGAGUGCACGUCUGAGGCUGUGCCACCUCCCACUGUCCAGUGGUUUAAGGAUGACCUCCCGGUACAAGCUGGUUCUCAUAUUCAGCAUGAGCCAGACAGCCAAUACCUUGUGAUCAGCCAUGUUGACAUCGCAGACACGGGCAUGUACAGGUGUCACAUCAGCAACAUCGCAGGGGCAAUGAGCCGUGUCUUCAACGUCAUUGUUCAAGUUACUCCAACCGUUAAAUCCGGGUCCCCGACCCUCGCUAUCUUCAUCAACCAGCCUGCUCUGCUGGAAUGUGAGGUCCAUGGCUAUCCAAAACCAACGGUCACUUGGAGAAAGGAUGGCAGUUUACUGAGCCCAGAGAACCCUAGGUUUGACUUUCUCCCUAACGGUUCCCUGCGGAUCCCCUCUGUGCAAGUGUUCGAUGCCGGCCGCUAUCUAUGCUCAGCAUCCAGUGCAGUCGGCUCCGAUCAACAUUGGAUCGAGCUGCAAGUCUUGGGUGCCCCUGUGAUCAGCCCUUCACCAACGAAUGUCACGGCCGUGGCGAAUACUCAAGCACAGAUGAGCUGUGAGGUUUCAGGAAGUCCUAAACCUGAAGUGACCUGGAAGAAAAAUGGAAAACCUCUGAACUUUAACCUGCAGCAGAACAUGUACAGGUUGCUGCCAUCAGGUUCCAUGCUGGUGCUUUCUGUCACCACCGAGGACACGUCGUUGUAUGAGUGCAGGGCUACAAACGAGGUGGGAGAUUCCCACAGGCUCAUCCAGCUGACCGUGCACGUCCCCCCAUCAAUUGCAGAUGAUUCUCCAGAUGUCACGGUCAGUACGAUGUCCCCGGUGGUGCUACCGUGCCAUGUCACUGGAAUCCCAAAGCCUUCUGUGACUUGGAUGAAGGAUGGAGGCCAACUGGGGAACCGAGGGCCUGGGUACAAAGUCCUGCCCACAGGUGCCCUGGAAAUUGCCUUGGCAAAGCUGAGCCAUGGCGGCUACUACCUGUGCACAGCUCGGAACGUGGUGGGGACAGCACAUAAACACGUCGCCCUCAUUGUGCAAGAACCACCAGUCAUCAAGCCCCCUCCUGCCACCUUUGAAAUUGUGGUGAAUCAUGGCAUUAUCCUGCCCUGUGAAUGGACGGGCACACCUAGACCCAGCAUCACCUGGCAGAAGGAUGGCGUCACCAUCUCAAGCUCAGGAUAUUUUAUGUUGGCUAAUGGAGCGUUGGAGAUCGUGAGAGCUACAGAAGAGGAUUCUGGGCAUUACAUGUGCAUUGCCCAAAAUGCAGCAGGCACAGCUCUGGGCAAAACCAAACUGGUGGUACAAGUGCCGCCAGAGAUCAAAGCUGACAGCAGGGAAUAUAAGGCCACCAUUCACCAUUCCACCACGUUGCCUUGUGAGGUGGCAGGCCGGCCUAAUCCGAAGGUAACCUGGGUGAAAGAUGGCCGCCCGCUUAGUGACCAGAGAUACAUGCAGAUGUUUGCCAACGGAACGCUGCACAUCCCACAGGUCCAGCUUGCUGACGCGGGAUGGUACACCUGCAUUGCCCGCAACAAAGUCGGGGUGGUCAGUGUGGACAGGACUCUGGUGGUGCAGGUUCCACCGUUGAUCUUGCUUGGCCAGUCAGAGUUUUCGGUGCUGGAGGAUUCGCAGGUCCUCCUGCCCUGUGCUGUCCAGGGAUUGCCCGUGCCUGCGGUGUAUUGGGAAAAGGAUGGUGUCACCGUGCCUGAUGCCCCGGGGAGGUUCACAGCACUGCAGUCUGGCGAACUGAUAGUGGAAAAUACAACGCCAGAGGAUGCCGGCGUCUACACGUGUACAGCAGUCAACCCUGUAGGCAAGGACAGCCAUCGCAUUCACCUGUCGGUGAGCGUUCAGCCUGCAUUCACGGAGCUCCCUGCUGACGUGUCCCUCCACAAGGGUGAAAGGCUGCUGCUGACGUGUGCAGCAAAGGGACUGCCCACCCCCUCCAUCAGCUGGACAUUCAAUAACAAGCCCAUCGCAGUGAGAUCUUCCCAGACUGAAGGCCUGAGUGAACUACUGAUCAAAAGGGUUUCCAAAGAAGAUUCGGGAACGUACGUAUGCACGGCAGAAAACAUUGUGGGGGUGAUCAGAGCGAUUGGAUUUGUCUAUGUGAAAGAGGCGCCCGUUCUCUGGGGAGAGGUCAGUGCGUACCAGAUGGAGCCUCUGGGAGGGAACGUCAUCCUGAGCUGCGACGCACGUGGGGAUCCAGUGCCGUCGAUAAACUGGAAUAAAGAUGGCAGUCCGCUGACCGUCAGUAACCGCAUUCGACAGAUGAACAACGGGUCACUGGCGAUUUACAGGACAGUGAAUGAAGACGCAGGAGCUUACAACUGUGUGGCGAAGAACGAAGCUGGGGUUGUUGAACGGAAAGUUACGCUGAUGUUACAGAGUGCCCCUGUCUUCACCUUGAAACCCUCAGAUACAGUGGCAGAGGUCGGGGACAGAGUCCAGUUGCACUGUCAGGCGGGGGGAGAGCCACCGCCUGUGGUGGAGUGGACCCACAAUGCACAGCCGGUCAGAGAGAACGGGCGCCUGGCGGUGCUGGCCAAUUCCACGCUGCAGAUCCUGUCCAUUAGCGUGCAGGACGCAGGAGAAUAUGAGUGUGUGGCGCGGAAUCUCCUGGGCAAUGCCUUUGUGAGGAUAGCUGUCACUGUGCAAGUGCAUGGAGGGUUCUCUGCAUGGGUGGAGUGGGGACCUUGCAGCGCAACCUGCGGCGGAGGUGUGGUAGAGCGAAUCCGUCUGUGUAACAAUCCCUUGCCUGCCCACGGAGGGAGAGCCUGCCAUGGUGCAGAUGUCGAGUCCAGGCACUGCGACUCAACUCCGUGCCAAGUGGACGGUCAGUGGACGGGUUGGGGCAGCUGGUCCCGCUGCACUACUUCCUGUGGCGGAGGGUUUCACCAGCGCUCCCGGUCGUGCUUCGACCCCCCGCCACAGUACGGUGGCCGCCUGUGCCAGGGCAGCGACGUGGACAUCCAGUCGUGCAACCUGGAGCCGUGCCCAGUGGAUGGGAAGUGGGCUUCCUGGAGCGUCUGGACUCCAUGCAGCCGGACCUGUGGGGGCGGGCAGAGCAAGCGCCACCGGGCGUGCAGCAACCCCCCUCCUGCCAGCGGCGGCAACACCUGCUCUGGAGCCCACGUACAGAUGCAGAGAUGUGGCACUGGGGCGUGCCCGGUGAAUGGCGGGUGGAGCUCCUGGCAGCCGUGGAGUGAGUGUUCGGCAUCCUGUGGCGAGGGCAAGCGGCUGAGAGAACGGAGGUGCGACAGCCCUGCCCCCAACGGCAACGGCAAAUCCUGCCCUGGCGAUGACUCGGACACCGCCAGCUGCGGCCUGGACCCGUGCGCAGGUGUACCUGGGAGAGCCAGAGGAAGCCUGAUUGGAAUAAUCAACAACAAGGAAUUUGGAGUCGCAUUCCUGGACGCUAACGUGACGGAGAACUCGGCCACCGGCAUCACAAGUGUUCAGGCCAUCGUCCAGAACCUGCCCGUUACAAUCGGCCCUCUGAUACGGGUGUUGGCCUCCACCUUCACCCCGAUUUACUGGUCGGUCGCCAACCCAGCACCAGGAACCGCAAACGGGUUCUCACUGACAAAGGGGGUUUUCAGGCAGGAAUCACAAGUGGAGUUUGCAACAGGUGAAGUCCUCCGAAUGACGCACGUCUCCCGUGGCGUGGAUGCAGAGGGAGUGCUCCUGUUCGACAUUGUGAUCAAUGGGAAUGUCCCCAGAAUGCUAGCAAGUGCAGACAUCACUGUGAAGGACUUCAGUGAAAGGUACGUUCAGACCGGUCCUGGGCAACUCUACGGCUGGUCGAACCAAAUGCUCCUCCAAGACGGCUCGCCCAUUUCCUUUCAAUGCAACCACACCAUUGUGUAUGAAUCUACACUGGGCCGCCAGACCUCUGUCCUACAGAUCCUGAAGGCUGAGUAUAUCUCUGUCUACUAUUCCGAAGCAACAGAGGAACUGAGCUUCCACAUCACAACCUCCUUCAGGAAAGACUCCAAAGGAGAUCGGUGUCCCGAGGGAUUUGUACUGGAUUCAGACUCGUACUGUGCAGAUUUAGAUGAGUGCCAGCGCGGGACGCACACGUGUCACUUUGGUCAAGACUGUCAGAACGAGGCAGGUUCAUACCGCUGCAUGGUCCAUUGUGGAAUUGGCUUCAGGCGGUCUGCGAAAGGACCUGGCUGUGAAGAUGUUGACGAGUGCAAGGAGUCAAGCAGCCCUCCUUGUCAUCAGCGUUGCCUCAAUGCCAUUGGCACCUACUGGUGUGCGUGCGAGGCUGGCUUCCAGCUCUUGGCCCAGCGCUGUGUCGAUAUCAAUGAAUGCAACAUGAAUGUGUGCCACCCAGACCAGGAAUGCCGCAACACAGAGGGGGGCUACCACUGCCUCGAGAGUUGUCCCCGCGGCACCAUCCGGCUACCCACAGGAACAUGUGGCGAUGUCGACGAGUGCAAAGUUGGGACCCACAUGUGUCGCUACAACCAGAAGUGUGAGAACACAGUGGGCCGUUACCGCUGCAUCUGCCCACGGGGCUACCGCUCGCAGGGGGUGGGGAGGCCGUGCCUGGAUGUGGAUGAGUGCCAGCAGCAGCCCAAGCCCUGUGGCUACCGAUGCCACAACCUGGUGGGCAGUUACAAGUGCGUGUGCCCUCCGGGGAAGCAGCUGCUGGCCGAUGCCAAGUCUUGUGCCGGGCUGGAAAAGCUGAGGCAGAACAACAGUGCCAUCAUCAACUUCAGGCCCCAACUGGUCUCCAUCGGGCAGAUCAGCCACAUCCAACAGAACGGCCAGAACCAGGUCAAUCCCUUCUACACUUGGCUGGGCUGGCAGACCAACAGGGAAUUUACAGUACAGGACAACAGGAAGCCCUGUCCCACGGGGUACAGGGAGAGAAAUGGGCGGUGUAUGGAUAUCAAUGAGUGUCAGACCUGGAACUUCUGCCAACAUGACUGCAGGAACACUGCGGGCAGCUACAAGUGCUUGUGCCCCCCUGGUUAUCGACUGCUAGCCAACGGAAGGAGCUGCCAGGAUAUCGACGAAUGUCGGGAGCAGAACAUCAAGUGUGGACUGAACCAGAUGUGUUUCAACACGAGAGGCAGCCAUCAGUGUAUCGACACUCCCUGCCCGACCACCUACCGCAAAGGAGCUAGCCCGGGGACCUGUUUCCGUCGCUGCCUGCUGAACUGUGCAGCGGGCCCGCUGGCCCUCCAGUACAAGCUGCUCACCCUCCCCAACGGCAUCCCGGCCCGCCACGACGUGAUCCGCCUCUCCGCCUUCUCGGAGCGGGGGGUGCUGCAGAGCGGCACCAACUUCACCGCCGUCGAGGUGGAGGCGGGCAGUCCGUUCUCCGUGCGCUCGGAGGGAGGCCGCGGUAUCGUGCAGACCCUGCGGCCGCUGACCAACGCCGGCGUCCACCGGCUCAAGGUGCGGGCUGCCACCUACGGCCAACCCGGCAAACUCAAGUACCAGAGCGUCUUUGUCAUCUACAUCGCCAUCUCCCCCUACCCCUACUGAGUCCAGCAGCCUAGCCUGCAGACCCUCCCUCGCCCAGGGAAGGGGGGGGGUCAUUCUGUGCUCCGUCCUGCCCGAUGUCUCGAAACCAAAAAUAGAUGGAUCGAUUUAUUUUUUAUCGUGAAAGUGUCCAGUUUACUCGAUGUGUGGUAAUCUUUUCAGAGGUCUCUCAUUUUGGCUCCUAAUCUAUUGAGAGAAGUGACAUUUUAAGGCUUCGAAUUAGUUUUAGUUUUACAGAUACAUCAUGGAAACAGGCCCUUCACCCCCACGCCGACCAUCAGUCACCCACUCACACUAGUUCCAUGUUAUCCCACUUUCCCCAUCCACUCCCGACACACACGGCUCAAUUAUUAAAGGCCCCCUCAACCUCGAAACCCGCACGUUGUUGGGAUGUGGGACGAACCCAGAGCACCCUGAGGAAACCCAAGCUGUCACAAGGAGAACGUGCAAACUCCACACAGACAGCAGCCAAGGUCAGGAUCGAACCUGGGUCUCUGGCGCUGUGAGGCAGCAGCUGUGCCACUUUGCCACCCUUACUCUUAUUACAAAAGGAAAUGUUACCCCAGAUAGUUGGUGCAAAACGCAAGGUGCUGGAGGAACUCAGUGGGUCUGGCAGCAUCAAGGGAGGGAAUGCAUAGAUAUUGUUCGGGUCAGAACCUUUCUUGUCAUCCCAGAUAGUUUGCUUGUGUCUUAGGCCAGGUUAGUGGACAUUUACAUCAUCCAGAUGGUCACGAGUGCCCUGGCAAACAUUGCCUGCAUUGACCAUGCUGGAACCAGGAAGCUGCUCUGUACCUUCCAGUCAGUUUUGUUUAUUGGCACGUGUACCGAGGUACAGUGAAAAGCUUUUGUUGCGCGCUAACCAGUCAGCAGAAAGACAAACCAUGAUUACAAUCGAGCCAUUUACAGUGUAUAGAUACAUGAGAAAGGAAUGAUGUUUAGAGUACCCAGGGAAUGUCCAAGGGUCCGCAUGAGGACCUGGAACAGCCCCAACUGUGUAUGUGGAGCCAGUGAGGGUGAACUGUUCAGCCUCGGUGAGAGGCCAUUGCCCAGGGGACUGAAGUGAUGCCGUGAUGCCGUGCCCAGCAUAAGAUCCACAAUCCCAUUCAGUAUCCAUGUCGCCCUAAUUCACAAAACCCACCUGGAUCAGUGGGUAUGGACUCAUCACAGCCUUCAGACAGGGUAGAGAUGGGCAUCUCCAAUCACCUUGAGGUCAGUAGAAGGUCGUGCAGAGAAACCCCACUCUUGCUUGAAUUGGACGGGAAUAUUGAGAUCGUUUGUGUGUUGUCGGAGUCAUGCCUUUUCCUAAAUGUAACAAUGCGGUUUGUUUAAGAAGAACCAGCCCUCUCAGCUGACCCAUAUAGAAAAGAUGCCAUUAAACUGGAAAGAGUGCAGAGAGGUUUUGCGAGGAUGUUUCGAGGACUAGACUGGAGAGAGUGUUGGGAAGGCUAGGACUUUAUUCAUAGGAGUGCAAGAGGCUGAGGGGUGAUCUUAUAGAGGGUGUGUAAAAUUGUGAAGGGAAUAGAGAGGGUACAUGCAGAGUCUUUUACUCCAGGCAGAGGAAUCAAGAACCGGAGGGCUAGGUUUAAGGUGCGAGGGGAAAGAUUUAAUAGGAAUUUGAGCAGCAACUUUUUCCCACAGAGGGUGGUGGGUAUAUGGAAGGAGUGCCAGAGGAGGUAGGUGAGGCGGGUACAAUAGUAACAUCUAAAAUAUACUUGAACAGGUACAGGGAUAGGAAAGAUCGAGAGGGAUAUGGGCCAAAUGCAGGCAAAUGGGUCUCUUAGACUGGGCAUCUUGAUCGGCGAUGAUGAAUGGGGCUGAAGGGCCUGUUUCUGUGUUGUAUGCCCCUAUCGAUGGCCUGCUCACAGUGCAGGAUAGUGACACAGUUUACUGGGGGAGCACCCAAUGCCACUCAGUUGGAGAGUAUUAGGGUUGACCUGUCAGGAGCCCAGAGACCUACUGUGAGACUGUACAGUAUUGCCGGUACUAGCACAGUUACUCUGAUCACACCCCACCCAUAGUGUUGUUCACUUGUAGUCUAAUCCUUCAUCAACUCGCAUGCUUCCAAUGGAACUCCAGAAUCCUACUCCUUCCCUGUUUCACUUCAAAAUCCCUCUAGUUCUUCCUCUUUAAUUCGGCUGACAACCAACUUACAGUCCCCAUCACCCCCAAACUAUUUCCCACAGGCCCUCCCACACACAGCCCCACACAUCAGAAGCCCUGCCUUUUCCUACUGACCUGACCCCUCCAUCACCAUCUCCCGACUGCCCCCGUUAACUGGUUACCUUUCACCAGACCUGUCCAGUUCUGCCACACGGAAACAGGCCCUUCAGCCCGAGGAGUCCAUGCUGACCAAGAUGCCCCAUCGACGUUAGUCUCACUCGCCCAUAUUUGACCCUUAUCUCUCUAAAUCUUUCCUAUCCAUGUAAUUGUGGUGUGUCUUUUAUUGUACCUGGCUCAACUACUUCCUCUGGCAGCUGGUUCCAUAUACCCACCAUCCUCUGUAUAAAAAAAAGUUGCCCCUCAGGUUCCUAUUAAAUCUUUCACCUCUCACAAUAAACCUAUGCCCUCUAGUUCUUAACUCCCCUACUCUGGGGAAAAAGACUGCAUUCACCCAAUCUAUUCCCCUCGUGAUUGUAUACAUCUCUAUAAGAUUACCCCCCAGCCUCCUGCGCUCCUAGCCCACCCAACCUCUCUCUAUAGACUCUGAUCCCCCUACCCUGGGGAAAAAUACACUGUGCAGUUGGUCUCUGAUUCGGGAUUUCUAGGAGACACAAGGCCAACCCAAAGUCACCUUUAUUAAAAUUCACAUCAACAAAAGCUCUAGAAGAUAUAUUUGUUGUUCUCCCUCUGAAAGCCCUGCUGAAGUAACCACUGCAUGUGUUGUGCUUAACUAUGAGCCUCGAUGUUUGGAGAGGCAGGAGCUGAGAUGUUUGUUGUAAAGGAGUGCCACACACGCUGUAUGAAAUGUGUUCUGCCCUAUUUAUUUAUCCUUGUGCAGGGUCCUGGCAGCUUCCCACAAACAUUAAACUAAGGAAUGGCCUGCAAAAUGUGACUGCUUUUUUGACACUGUGUACGUGACAUGUUGAGCAAUUGAUUGACAGGUCCAGCAUGGAAGCAGCCCCUCAGUCCACCAAGUCCAUGCUGGCCAUCCAUCCAUCACCUGUUCACACGAGUUCUAUGUUAUCUCCCUUUCUCACCCACUCCCUACACAUUCAGGCCAAUUUUCACAGAAACCACUUAACCUGCACACCCGCACGUCUUUGGGAUGUGGGAGGAAACUGGAGCACCUGGAGGAAACCCACGCGGUCCAUAUGGGGGAACGUGGAAACUCCACACAGACUAGUGACAACCCUGGAUGUCAGGGUUUUACCCGGCACGGUGAGGCAGCAGCUCCACAGUGCUGAUGGUUUCAGACAGAGUAGCAGCGGGAAAAUGGAAACAUUUCUCAUGCAGGUGUUUCAGAAAUAAGGUACAGUUUAUUUAGGAAUACAUGAAAAAAGUACAGAUUUAUCUAUAUCUUUGCUUACAGGAAACAUUUACAAUAUAUAUAAUUACAAAUGCAAUGAUAUGUCAGGCAAAUAUCUUGUUUAAAUAUGUACAAAGUAAAGUGACAAUUAUUUUCAUUCUCUUUUGGAAACUGCACAGUCACUACCAACAAAGUUAUUUUUUUGUCAUGAUUCAGCUGACAAGGGGGCUGGUGCCGCAAUGAACCGGCGCCGACACCAGGGGGCAGCCACCACCAGGAAACAUUUAAUACACGCACCAAUGUACCAGGGAGCAUCACAUACUGGUGCCAAUCACCCCUUUAUCCAUGGCAACACUUCUUAGCUGAAACUUUACUCAAAAGUUCCCUUUUUUUAAAUAAUUACAUAAAAUCUGAUUCAGCCAAUGGACAUUGAAAUCUUUGCAAUGAAUUCCAUUAUGGGGGGGAGACACUAAGGGUUUAAUGAGAAGAAUAUUUUAUGAAUUUGAAUAGCAUUUCGUAGCAAAAUCAUCUGUAUCUUUUUAUGAAAGUCCCACAGACUAUGGGCCGUUUGAUCCUUGUAGAAACAUAUGCUUUCUAUACCGACCUGUGCAAGAAAUGGUGACCUGGUCCCAGGGGAAUGCCCUAUCGUCGCUCUGCCGGCUUGGGUCGUGUUGCAAGCUGCCUGUUUCCUGAACCUGAGCAGGGACAGUGAGGCGCGAUUCCCCUGCCGACUUGAAACACAAACUACAGUUCUGGUGGAACUCAACGGGCCAGACAGCAUCUGUGGAGUCUGAAGAAAGGUCCCGACCCGAAACACCGCCUGUGUCCGUCCCAGCCACAGACUCUGCCUGGCCCACUGAGUUCCUCCAGCACUUUCAGUGGUCGUUUUUGUUUUCAGAAUUGCAGCAUCUGCAGUUCCCCAUGUCCAAACAUCCCACAAAACUGUCUCUGAUUCAAUAUGAAGAAGGGUCUUGACCCGAAACGUCACCCAUUCCUUCUCCCCAGAGAUGCUACCUGUCCCGCUGAGUUACUCCAGCAGUUUGUGUCUAUCUUUGAUGUAAACCAGCAUCUGCAGUUCCUUCCUACACUGUUUCUGAUUCAUUGCUUGGCCGAUGUAAUGCUGGUGUUUCUACACAAGAUACAACCCAAGAACACUGGCUGUCUGGGGAAAGCAGAAGGGAUAUGAGACACGGUGCCAUUCCUGGCCUCGUGUGUAUAGGGAGGAACUGCAGAUGCUGGUUUACACCGAAGAUAAACACAAAAUGCCGGAGUAACUCAGCGGGACAGACAGCAUCUCUGGAGAGAGGAAUGGGUGACGUUUCAAGUCGAUGGUGAACAAUGAGCAUGACUAACAAAAAAAUCGCUCUGAUGCCCGGCAAUGCCAAGAAAACGCGUUUGUUAAAAAUGGGAUGGAUUGCGGGAGUAAUUCGUAGAUUAAACUGCACGUUGGUUGUGGGAUCAUCGUGAAUUGAGAUGUGCAGGAGACGCGCCAACAUGGUACUUGCACGGAAGGAAGGAGGUGAAACUGGAGUCAGGAGGAGGCAGCGGCCGGUGACUGCUCAGCUCAGCGCUGGGACGGGUUGUGGUCACCGCGGAGAU